GGCUCCCCCCCCGUCUUCCCAUAGGUACUUAAGCUUCUUUCGACUCGAAAUCGCUCCUCUACACAUUGCCUCCUACCCCCCAAUAUACCUACCUACCCUAUCUAUCCUACACUGUCCGCUUCCUUUUCUUAUUUGCCUUUCUUCUCACUCGAUCUGCGUUACAGAACAUCUCCAAAUCUGCAGCAAACCGCCGCAUUUUCCCUCUUACCCCGCAGUACAUCCCGCCGGCGACCGAGUUCGAGUCACAAGAAACCCCUCCAAACACCGCCAAAAUGGUCGAGAAGCUCUACGUCACGUACAACGAUGUCCACAAGCUCUGCCAGGAGUCAGCCGUCAAGAUCCUCGAGACCUUCCAGCCCCAGCUCAUUAUCGCCAUCGGCGGUGGCGGCUAUGUCCCCGCCCGCAUCCUGCGCUCGUUCCUGAAGAAGCCCGGCAACCCCAACAUUCCCAUCCAGGCCAUCGGCCUCUCUCUCUACGAGAGCCUCCCCGAGACCUUUGGCGGCAACGCCACUCCCGGCGUCCCCGAGGUCCCCGGCACAAAGGUCACCCGCACCCAAUGGCUUGACUUCAACGCCAUUGGCGACAUGGAGAACCUCGUCGGAAAGCGCAUUCUCAUUGUCGACGAGGUCGACGAUACCCGUACCACCCUCGAGUACGCCGUCAAGGAGCUCGAGAAGGACGUCGAGGCCGCCAGCCAGCGCCUCGGCAAGGGCCAGAAGACCGAGUUUGGCAUCUUUGUCCUGCACAACAAGGACAAGCAGAAGAAGGGCACUCUGCCCUCCGAGAUGAUUAGCUCCGGCCACUACCUCGCCGCCCGCACCGUUGGUGACGUCUGGAUCAACUACCCUUGGGAGGCCAUCGACAUUGACGAGCACGACCGCAACGCUGCCGAGCAGAGAAAGUAAAACAAGAGAAAAAAACACACCCACACACACGCGUACAUAUGAAUGACACAAGAGAGGCGCCAUGAACGAGGGAGCGGAGAGGAUAGACAAGGGGCUCGAGCGAAAGGAAAGCCAGCCAGGGCGCAUUCAAAAAAGGGGAUACCAAGACGGGCAUGUCGUCGAGCUUGCCCACCAGCAUACACAUUUACCAAUGAUAUUUAAGUUGCUCAUGUCUGGGUCUCGCAGAUACAGUGCUGUCUUUUUGGGGCGGGGGGGCACGAUGACCAGUUUCGGUUCUAGAUCCCAACCCCUAUGUACCU